AUAUGGCAAAAUUAUAUCAUUAGAUUUUUUUAUUCAUCAAUACAUAUAAUUACUCAAUAUAAUAUCCAACUUGUCUCCACUUGUCUGAGGUGUUUAUCUAACAUUAUUGAAUCACAAAGCAUUAUUGAACACUCGCACGCCACAACCCUAUAACACUUCUGUCACCCUCUCUCUCUCUACCUCUGUCUCCACAGUUUUGGAGUUCAACAAUUCCUCGGGGGAGGGAGAGAGAGAGAGAGAGGAUCUUCAUCUUCAAACUGAGGUCAUUUUUAACUGUGAUGGAGAAACAAGUUCUUGAUUACUUGUUAGUACCAGCAGGACUCUUCAUAAUGGUGGCUUACCAUGCCUGGCUCGUCUAUCAGGUCGUCAACCACCCUUCUCGCACCUUUAUCGGAGUCAACGCCAUCAACCGCCGCUUCUGGGUUUGUGCUAUGAUGGAGGACGCAUCAAAGUACGGAGUUCUGGCGGUGCAGACGCUGAGAAACAACAUAAUGGCAUCGACCCUUUUGGCAUCAAUGGCGAUCAUGCUCAGCUCUAUCAUCGCCCUCCUCAUGAGCAACAUAACCAGCACUAAGUCAGCAGGCAAGUUCGUAUUGGGAGACAAAAGUGAGAUGGGAUUCUCCAUAAAGUUCUUCUCAAUACUAGUCUGCUUCCUCGUUGCAUUUUUGUUCAAUGUCCAGUCCAUCAGGUACUACAGCCAUGCCAGCAUACUCAUCAACGUUCCACACAAGAAAAUGACUCACAAUCGUCUCCACCAUAGCCGCUAUCUGACGCCCGAGUAUGUGGGGAGGACGGUGAACAGGGGAAGCUAUUUCUGGUCAUUGGGUCUCAGAGCAUUCUACUUUUCUUUCCCCCUGUUUCUUUGGAUCUUCGGUCCGAUUCCCAUGUUUCUUAGCUGCCCUGUUCUGGUUUUCUUGUUCUAUUUUCUUGAUUUCAUCUUCGAUUUUGGAUUGGUUGCUGCUGCUGCUUCUUCUUCUGACGAUGACGAUCAGCAUGGCGACAAUGAGGAAUAGGACAACGCAGCGUGAUAAUGCUUAUACACUGGUCGCUGUCCAUGAAAAAAUAAAAUAAAAUAGCAGCAUAGAAACAGAGAGAGCAAUUACUAUGGAUUCAACUGAAGUUGAAUUGAAUUGAAUUGCUCAACUUAGCUCCUUGUACUAUAGCCUUCUCUAUUUUCUUUUCAAUAUCUAUGUGAUCACUCAGAUUUGGUAUUACCAUUCAAUCAUAUAUUGCACUGUGUAUAUGUUGCAAUUAGCAUGGAUUCAACUGAAGUUGAAUUGAAUUGCUCAGCGUAGCAACUUGUAUACUAGCGUUUUCUGUUUU